AUGUGUUUAAAUACCAGAUAUAUUGACCUAGUGAAUCACUACAAUGCAUUGUCUUAUGAUUCUCCAGUGUUUGCCAAUCUAGUUUUUUGGCGUUGUCAACAGUUAUGUCAUGUGAAAUAUAGAUGUGCACUAUGGGGUGAACAUCAACAAGUUUUAAAUUCACCUCGUAUUGUUUUAAAUCAGCUUGUUAUACCAUUGUCAAGCUUCCUUGAACCAGUUGAAUCGAACUCAUCCGUGAUUCGUGUUUAUACGGCUGCAAUUCUAUCUGGUACAGUUCAAAUAACUCGUCAACCUUUAUUCUAUUUAUACAAUAAAGAUAAUCGGGAUAGUGAAUUUACUCAACAAUUUGUACGUUUAUGUAAAUUAUUACCUCAAAUGACAAAUGUCAAACCAACAUCAUCAUCAUCAUCACCAUCAUCAUCAUCAUCAUCAUCAUCGUCAUCUAUGCAAACAAUCGGUAAUAAAACUGAUAUUCUAAAUUUACUACGAUUUUAUAAACAAACUAAUAAACAAUGGUUACAACCAAAGAAAUCCAUCGAAUUGAAUACAAAUUUACAUGUUGGUCUACAUGAUUCAUUAGUUCAUUUAAUUCAUAAUAAUGAUGAUAAUAAUGAUUAUGCCGACAUAACUAGUGCAACAACAUUUAAUGAAGCUAUUUUCAAAGCAUCUAUUGAAUGUUAA